GCAUACCCGUCACCACCCGGUCUUCCAGUCUUAGCUAGUUUGGGCUCGACGGAGAGAGGACGUGCUCUUAGCAGAAACCGAGACAACUACCACAGCCGCAAGCCGAGCCUACAGCCACGUUGCGUCUUCGCUCCCCACCCGAAUCAACGCUUUGAAUUUGCAUUAAAUAUGCCUCACAUCGUCUGUUGUCUAACGCCUCAGGUUAUAAUGUAUGACAAACGCAGAAUAAGUACUACUCUAUAGCCAAGGGGAUCCUAAGGACUUGAUUACAGUCGCUUCAAGCCUGAUAGUUUGUCUGUGCGACUGCCCCCUCUCCCUUCUGCUGACGACUGCAGUCAACUAGCAUUCCUUCUAACGACCUACUUCCCCCUGCUCCGGUAAAGAAGACUUGGUUCCACUGUGAUCUUGGUCUACAGCACCUACCUUUAGUGUUCUCCUGGAUUCACGUUCUUUAUUACGUAAAGCACAUUAACCAAGAUGAUCCCAAACGGAUAUUUGAUCUUUGAGGAUGAGAGUUUUUUGGAUUCCACUGUGGCCAAAAUGAAUGCCCUGAGAAAGAGUGGCCAGUUCUGUGACGUUAGACUGCAGGUGUGUGGUCAUGAGCUGAUGGCUCAUCGUGCUGUUCUGGCUUGCUGCAGCCCCUACCUGUUUGAGAUCUUUAAUAGUGAUGCUGAGCCUCAUGGAGUCUCGCAUGUUACUUUUGAGGACUUGGCUCCAGAGGCUGUGGAGAUCUUGCUGAACUAUGCCUACACUGCCCAGCUAAAGGCAGACAAAGAACUAGUGAAGGAAGUUUAUACUGCAGCCAAAAGGUUCAAGAUGGAGCGAGUCAAACAGAUUUGUGGUGACUACCUGCUGUCGAAGAUAGAUUCCCAGAACGCCAUCUCCCUGCGUAACUUUGCCAGCUCUAUGGGAGAUGGCCGUUUUUUGGCCAAGGUGGAUGCCUUCAUCCAAGACAACCUACUGGAAGUGUCUGAACAGGAGGACUUCCUCAAACUACCCCGCCUCAAGUUAGAAGUAAUGCUAGAAGACAAUCUCACCCUGCCCAGCAACGGCAAGCUCUACUCAAAGGUGCUGAGCUGGGUGCAGCGUAGCCUUUGGGAGAACGGAGACCAACUGGAAAGACUGAUGGAAGAGGUGCAAACGCUGUACUACUCACCUGACCAUAAGCUGGUGGAUGGAGGGCUGGUGAUUGAGGGACACAGUGAGGUGUUUAGUGGCGAGGAGGACCACCAUCAGUUUGUACAGAAGAAACCUGUACGGGAGAGCACCCAGAGGCAGAUGAGCUGCAGCUCCUCGGGAAGUCCGUCACCCUCCAACCAAGCAGCAAAUGCUCCCAAACAGACUGCCAGGAGAGAAUGGAAGUACAUCGCCUCUGAGAAGACCACAAACAACAUCUACUUGUGUCUGGCUGUGCUGGAUGGUGUGCUGUGUGUGAUCUUCUUACACGGUCGCACCAGCCCUCAGACAUCUCCUUCUGCCACCCCCUGCCUGAUGAAGAGCCUGAGCUUUGAGACCCAGCCUGAGGAACUAGAGGAGCACCCAAUGUCACCCAUGCACUAUGCUCGCUCUGGUCUGGGCACUGCAGCCCUCAACGGAAGGCUCAUUGCGGCAGGCGGCUACAACAGAGAAGAGUGUUUGAGGACUGUGGAGUGUUAUAACCCCAAAGAGGACCGCUGGACCUUCACUGCUCCUAUGCGGACUCCGAGGGCUCGAUUCCAGAUGGCUGUUCUCAUGGGUCAGCUGUAUGUGAUUGGAGGCUCAAAUGGACAUUCUGAUGAGCUGAGCUGUGGGGAGGCAUACGAUCCACACGCUAACGAGUGGGCGCAAAUACCAGAGCUGCGGACAAACCGCUGCAACGCAGGUGUCUGCUCCUUGAACAACAAACUCUAUGUUGUGGGAGGGUCGGACCCCUGUGGGCAGAAAGGCUUGAAGAACUGUGACGCUUUUGAUCCUGUGAUGAAAACCUGGUCCAAUUGCGCCUCCCUUAACAUCAGGAGGCACCAGGCAGCAGUGUGUGAGCUGGAUGGAGUCAUGUACGCAAUUGGAGGAGCGGAGUCAUGGAACUGCCUGAACACUGUGGAACGCUACAACCCCGACAACAACACCUGGACCCUGGUAGCGCCCAUGAACGUGGCCCGCAGGGGGGCUGCCGUUGCUGUCCAUGCAGGCAAACUGUUUGUCGUUGGUGGCUUCGAUGGCUCCCAUGCACUUCGCUGCGUGGAGGUGUACGAUCCUGCCCGUAAUGACUGGAGGAUGCUGGGUAGCAUGACAUCUUCGCGUAGCAAUGCCGGUGUGGCCAUGCUGGGCAACAUCAUCUACGCUGUGGGUGGCUUCGAUGGUAACGAGUUCCUGAACACAAUGGAGGUCUACAACCCGGAGACGGACGAGUGGAACGACUGCGCCAAAGCCCUGUCUGCCCUCUCUGACUGAAGAGAGAAGGGUGGGGGUAGCCGUUGGGGGGGUUUCACAGUGCUUCACCUUUUUACAAACUAACAGGCUUAGUGACGUAAUCGUGUUUUGUGUUGUUCUGUAUGUGUGGUCAGGGAUGGGUGAUGAGGGCAAGGGGUCUUCAGUGAAGACUGUCUUAUAUUUGGGGGUGGGGUGGGAGGUCGGGGUUGUUGCCCAAAGCAACAUGACGCCUUUGCAUAUUGCAGACAAUUUUUUUUCUUUUCUUUGUGCUGUAUAUAUUUGGUUUCUUGUGUCAUAUGCCAACACUUAUUACACAUUUAGUGCUUCUCAUUUUCUCUCUAGUUGAAAGGUUUGUCACUUAAAGGGUUUUCAGAUGAGCUAGCGAACAUUGGUCACGUAGAAGGUGGCAGUGUGGAGUGGUGGCGAUUGACUUCAGUUUAUUUAAUAUUUCUGUUGUGGAGAUAAUUUCGCUCACAUUUUAAGGUCAGUGGUUUGAAGCCUUACUUGCAGUGCGACUUGAUAAACACCUGUCAUGGCUUUUUGUCAUUUUAAACGAGCUGAAUUGCUUUUUGAAUCUUAAAUGAUGGCCUUUUUAUAUUUUUAUACACUGCUGAUUUACCAAUAAACGUAGUGGACUGCUUAAGUCGACGAAUCUAACCAGUGCCAGUUUUAGUUAGUUUUGGUGCACACACCACACGCACAACCAUGCUUCUGCUAACCAAACCUUUGUUAUUGUGAUUCAACUAAUUGAUGUAUUUACUGAAGAACCUUUUUCUUUUAAAUGUGUCAAGCAUUGGCAGAUUCUUCUGGAAGGAAGGAAUGUUAGUGAGAAGAUUAACACAUUUGUAACAUUUCUUAAUUAAUAAAUCAUUUGAAUCUAAA